GAAGUAGAUCUCCCGGUAGCGGAAGUCGAUUGUCCAGACCGGAAGCGGCCGUGGGGCAAACAUGGCGACGGUGGCGCUGGCCCUGAGGACACGCUCAGCGGUCUCAGCCCUGUUGAGCCCUCCUCCGGCUACAGCUCUUGCUGUCAGAUAUGCAUCUAAGAAGACAGGUGGCAGCUCCAAAAACCUUGGUGGGAAGUCCCCAGGCAAACGUUUCGGCAUGAAGAAAAUGGAAGGUCACUACGUGCAUGCUGGCAACAUCAUCGGGACUCAGCGCCAGUUCCGCUGGCACCCAGGUGCCCAUGUGGGCCUGGGGAAGAGGAAGUGCCUGUAUGCCCUGGAGGAGGGGAUAGUCCGCUACACUAAAGAGGUCUACGUGCCCAAGCCCAGCGACCUGGAGGCCGUGGACCUGGUCACCAGGCUGCCCAAGGGUGCUGUGCUCUACAAGACUUUUGUCCAUGUAGUUCCUGCCAAGCCUGAGGGCACCUUCAAACUAGUAGCUAUGCUUUGAAGUUUUGGGUGAACACGGGACAGACUUGGAGCCCAGAAGGUGAAGAAGGUGAUACCAGAAGAAAUCGAGUGUUAGUGUCACGACCGCCUUGAGGAAGAGGCCCGCUGGAUGUAGCUCUGCAGAAGACUGAAGUGACACUGGGAAGACCUUGGGAGAGCAGGCCUGGUCUGAAUAAAGCUAGCUGUGUGGGGACAGCGCAGUAUGCAGCUGCUGCUA